CGCAGUGGUGCUCACUCAUGAACCGCACCGCAGUGAGACAUUUUACCUUUUGCUGUAGCCUUUUCCACAAUGGAGAACAAGUGCAUUUUCCAUGGAAACAUGCGUGUUUGACACUUUUACUAACUUUUGUGUAUCUUCAGUUGGACCCCUUUACAUUGAGAGAAAUAUGCCGGAGCGUAUCAACAUUUCGGAGUUUGUUGCUCUGACAAACGAGGACUUGGCUUCACCGGCUACCUCGAGUUUUCAGUCCAAAAUGAGUGAAUGUCGGAACACCGUUUCGGCAGUCGAAGAGUCCUUAGAGAUGGACCAGAGCACCUUACAGAGGAUGAAGAAGAUGAUCAAGGCCAUCCACAGCUCUGGACUAAGUCAUGCGGAGAACAAGGAGCAGUACAUCGAGGUGCUGGAGAACCUGGGGAACAGUCACCUGACCCAGGACAACAACGAGGUGUCCACAGGAUUCCUCAACAUGGCCGUCUUCACCAGGGAGGUCACCUCUCUCUUCAAGAACCUGGUCCAGAAUUUGAACAAUAUAAUCUCUUUUCCAUUGGAGAAUGUCUUGAAGAGUGAGCUUAGAGACAGCAGACUGGAGUUGAAGAAACAGUUGGAGAAGAGCUGGAAGGAUUAUGACAUCAAAGUUGGGAAGCUGGAGAAGGAGAGGAGGGAGAAGAGCCGUCAGCCGGGCCUGAUCAGGAUGGAGGGAUACGACGUGACGGAGGACAUGGAGCGAGAGAGGAGGACCUUCCAGCUGCAGAUGUGUGAGUAUCUACUGAAGAUCCAGGAGCUGAGGGUACGUCAGGGUCCAGACCUGCUCCAGAGUCUCAUCAAGUACUUCCAGGCCCAGCUCAAUUUUUUCCAGGACGGCUUGAAAGCUGCCGAGAACCUUAGUCCCUUUGUGGAGAAGCUGGCUACAUCGGUGCACAUGGUGCGUCAGGACCAGGAAGAAGAGGUGAGACAGCUCUCUCAGCUACGAGACUCCCUAAGACUGCUGCUACAGAUGGAGGGGAAAGAGGAGUACCAGACCAGAAAGAACUCUGGUAACGGCUACAGCAUCCACCAGCCUCAAGGCAACAAGAAGUACGGUACGGAGAAGUCAGGCUUCCUACAGAAGAGGAGUGACGGGAUUAGGAAGGUUUGGCAGAAGAGGAAGUGUGGUGUCAAGUACGGCUGUCUGACCAUCUCCCACAGCACGAUCAACCGACCACCUGCGAAGCUCAACCUCCUGACCUGUCAGGUGCGCCCCAACCCCGAUGAGAGGAGGACCUUUGACCUGGUCACACAUAAUCGGACGUACCAUUUCCAAGCCGAGGACGAGCAGGAAUGCAUGAUUUGGGUGUCGGUGCUGCAGAACAGUAAGGAGGAAGCCCUGAACACAGUGUUGGGAGGGGACCAGCCGCAGUUCCAGGACUCCGGGCUGCAGGAGCUGGCCAGGGCAGUCAUCACCGAGCUUAGACACAUGUCCGGCAACGAGGCCUGCGCCGACUGUGGAGCCCACGACCCCACGUGGCUCUCCACUAACCUGGGCAUCCUGACGUGUAUAGAGUGUUCUGGGAUCCACAGGGAGUUGGGAGUCCACUACUCCAGGAUCCAGUCCCUCACGCUGGACAUGCUCAGCACCUCCGAACUACUACUGGCAGUCAGUAUAGGCAACACCCGCUUCAAUGACAUCAUGGAGGCCAAUCUUCCCAAUGAUUCCAUCAAACCCCUCCCCCAGAGUGACAUGAAUGCCAGGAAGGAGUAUAUCGUGGCCAAGUACGUGGAACGGCGCUACGUGCUGCACCGGGACCGGGACAGGGAGGAGGGUGAGCCGUGGCGUGUGUACGAUGCCGUGAGGAGCCGGGACCUGACCGCUCUGCUGCAGCUGUACGCCCAGGGAGAGGACCUGGCCAAGCCGCUAGCACUGCCUGAGGGACAGCAUCUGAGAGAAACAGCUCUUCACUUGGCUGUGAGACUGGAGGAGAGGAGCUCUCUAUCCCUGGUGGACUUCCUCAUACAGAACAGUGUCUGUCUGGAGAAGAGGACUCUAGAGGGGAACACUGCUCUACAUUACAGCGCUCAGCACCACAAAACAGAGUGCCUCAAACUGCUGCUCAAAGGAAAGGCUGUCCUCCACACAGUGAACUCAUCCGGAGAGACGGCUCUGGACAUCGCCAGGAGACUGCAGCACUCCCAGUGUGUGGAACUGCUAGAGCUGGCCCAGAGUGGGAAGUUCAACAGUCAGAUCCAUGUGGAGUACGUGUGGGAGACACAGAGCCAGGACCUGUAUGACAGCGAAGAUGACCUGGAUGAGAGGGUGAACCCCUUACACAGGAACCUACGCUCCCCUCUGCCCUCCAAAGCCUCGCCCUCCCGCUGGAGCUUCGCCAACGCCCCCGUGGCGUGUAAGACCUACGAAAACGUGGACUUCCUUUACCGUAACCCCCCCAAUAGUGCUCCAUCUGGCGUCCUCUUGCCCCCGCCCCCUCUGCCCGCUAAAGCCAUCAUGAGAGGUCGCUCGGACCCCCAGAUCUCCUUGUCCACCCAGGAGGGGUUAAGCAACAGGUGCAGCUGCUCCAACCCAGCCCCCCAGUCCAGCCCCCCCUCCCCCAUGCUGGAGGGUCAGGGGGGGCGACCACCCAAAUCACCCCACGGCCAGGGCAUCCUGGUGAGGGGACAGAGACAGACCGCAGCCUGGGAGGGUCAGGCCAAUACUGGGUCAGGGUCCUCAGACAGAGACAGCACCAAGUCUAACAGUAGUUCCAGCUCCCCUCAGAACCACAUAGGACCUGUCAGCUCAGAGAAAACAACAUCGUACCGGCGGACCAGCAGCGGAGGACAAGGGAAGUGUUCUGUAGCCAUGACCUCAGCCGUGACCUCAGCUGUGACCUCACCCAGCUGUGUGGCACUGGGCAGCCAGGAGGAGCUGUACUGCAGCGUGGUACCUACUGGUCCCGCCCCCGGCGCCACACCUGCAGCCUCCUCCUCCUCCUCUCCUAUCACUGUGCGCCCUCGCAGAAACGCUAUGGUGUCUCAGAGGAGGCCUACCCAGAAGAGGGUCAAGGCGCUGGUGGACUGCAGAGCCGUCAGCUCGGACCAGCUGGCCUUUUUCAAGGAUGAGGUCAUCGUGGUCACAGCCACCGAGGACCCCCACUGGUGGGUCGGCCACAUCGAGGGCUAUCCAUCCAGAAGUGGGACAUUCCCUGUGAACUAUGUCCAUAAACUAGGGGACUGACUAGUCAUACACAGGACGCCCUAUCCCCUACCCUAGCCUAGCCCCUAGCCUAGCCUCUACCCUAGUCUAGCCUAGCCCCUACCCUCUAGCCUAGCCUAGCCCCUACCCUA